AUGAAUACCAAUUUAUAUUAUAGGAACAACCGCACAACCAAAGACGAUGUAUUUUAUAAUUCUAGAACCAACUUAAUAAAUGACAAAGACGUUUAUAUAGAAGAUAUAGGAGAUGAGCGGCAACUAACAAUAACAGAACAAGAUCACUUUCAGCGAAGCAAAGAAGUACAAAAAGCAUCAAAGCAUCGCCAAGGAAUUGACAACGAAAUCAAACAAGUUGAUGAAGAUUCUGUACGUCGCCAUGAAAUUGCACGCGGCAGUGAUAUCGAAUAUAACAUAGCUCGAAGCAGUUUAAGAAAUAAACGGGAAUUUUUCAUCAAAGACGGAAAUAUUGAAAUACUGCAACUCAUGACCAGAGACAGAAGUGAUGAGGAUGUUGCAGAAGUUGAUGAUGAAAAUAACAUUUAUGUAAAUUUGCCAAUGAAAUCAACGACUGUCUCUCAGCCGCAAUUGGUAAUGUUGGAUAAUAGUGGAAAAGAAAUUCUAAUGCGCCGUUUUAUUGAGGAACAGCCUGAUGGUAAACAAAUAAUACGUGAGCAUUACCAAAUAGUUCCUGGUGCCACUUAUAUACAGUCUAUGCCAAAUGAAAUUGACCACAACCACUCCAUUUUGAAGGGAGAAACAUUCGCUACCUGCAAAUCGGGUCCGAAUAGUAUAGUUUAUUCACAAACCGAGCCUGAAGUAAAGGUAAUACAUACACAGCCUACUCAAGGUGCGAUGCAGUUGCAAACUGAGGGUUUCAUAAGUCACAUCCAGCCAUCAAUAUCAAAUCAAUCAUUAACACAAGAGCUUGAAUAUUCUUUAAAGCAACAAAAUAUACUACUGCGUCAAAUAUUAAUGGAAAAAGAAAAAAUAGAAGCCAACGGUGCACAACCAGAAGUUGUAUUAGAAACACAAAGCCUUCCCGGUCACUCUGUGGCGAUUGCAACACAAACGGAAUGUGAGGUGUGUACACAGACAGACAAUAAUAUUGAGUUUCCUGAAAAAACUUCUGUAUAUGUGCAAGGAAGGCCAACACGACCCAAAGCUCGCAGUGAAAAUGACGAUUCCUUGACCGAAGAUGAAUAUGAGUAUGUACAAUUUAGUCCUCCAGAAAGUACAGUAGAUCGAUUCUGGAUAAAACGUAAAAAACAAAAAAGGCGUAGUAAAUAUCGCAAUAGUAUACAUCCAAGAAAGAGAAUUGUUAUGGUAGAAGAAAUUAAAAGAAAAAUACGUACGCCCAUUAAGGAGGAAGAUGAUGAGGUAUUCGAGUCGAAUAAACGUAUUCCACCCAAAAAACCUCUACGUAAACAUGCUGAAACAAAAAGCUGUGUUCUUAGAGGUAAGAACUAUAUAGAAAGACAGAAUAAUAGUAAUUCAAUACAACGAAAAAGUCCCACAGUGAGUCCCGAAAUUUUAAUAAUGGCUGACUCCAUAGGUGAUAGAAGUAGAACUCCAGAUCAUUAUCGAACAAUGAGAGUUGACGAGAUUGAAUACUAUUCAACAGACAACAACAGAGUAGAUAACUGCGACUAUAAUAAUGAAAAUGAUUAUUCCAAUGAUUCUGAAGCUGAAGAAAUUAUUGUUAAAAGAAAUAUAUUAACACCCCAUCAUCCGGAACAAAAACUUUCUGAUAUAGAUAUUAAUGAUAAAAAUUUCUGUAAAAUACACUUAAAAGACGAGCGAUCUACGCAUAAAAUGCCGGAAGCCAAUGCCAGAGAGUCACGUAGGCCAACGUUAAAAGGACGUCAUCGGUCGCAAAGUUCAUCGGAAAUUCCACACCGUCGAAUGGAUAAUGAAAAACAUAUGUCUUCAUUGACCAAGACAAAUCAUGCAGCUAAAGAGCGUGUAUAUCAAAGUGCAACCAAUUUGAAUCAUCAGAACGAUCGAUAUGAUGACGGGAAAAAUCCUGAUAAAUCUGUUCCAAAAUACAUGGAAUGGUAUUAUAGCAAAUCAAAAAAUUUAAAUACCAAGCCUGGGUCCGAUACUUUCACAUUGACAGUUUCAAAAAGAAAAAGAAGUUUGACGAAAACACGUUUAAGUUCAAAUACCGAUUCUAUUCCUUCUGAAGAUGGAAAAAGUAGACCCGAAAUUGCACCAAGAAAAUCUCCUCAAAAAAAUACCAGACUCUUGAAAGAAGAUAUUGUAAUGAAUAAACAGCAUAAUCCUAAAAUUGAGGCUGAUUCUAGCCACCCACUUUUACAACAUUCAGAGCAUAGAUUUGAGCGCGAAAACGCUCCGGAGGUCCCUUUACCACCAACAAAAUUACCACAUUACAUGUAUCCCGAGACACCGCCAUUUGUUGUUUCUAAGAUGGCGAAAGUAAAAUCUAAACCGUCGCCUAUUAAAGAAAAUGAAGUCAAAGUUACAACAUCCAAAAUUAAGCCAAAUCCAAAUUCUACCCACUCGAAUCCAAAUAUAAGUACGCACCAACUCUCUCAAAAACAACUUAAUGUAUCUACAUUAGAAGAUGAUCACGAUUCCGGAAUUGCAAUGAAUUCGCUGCUUAAUAAUACGGGUCGGAGAAAUCCCAUCGCAGAUAAAAAAAGUGUAUUUUCAAUUGCAUACGAUGAUGUUAGCCGAGUGAAGAAAAUUACAUCGGGAGGAGAAUCACCACAAUAUUCAUAGAAAUAGCGGAUGAUCUCAAAAAUGGUAGACAAGUAUUUAUAUAGGAAAAUUUAAAUUAACUCGGUACUACUGCAUAUGUGAUACUCUCCGUUUCUCAUUUUACGUAUGCCAUACUUAAAAUGCAAUAAAGUAAUCAUUUAUGGUUUAACUCGUUAAUGUAUGAUGCUGAAAUUUUGAAAGCAAAAAUUGUUUUUUCUUUAUUGCUCACUUCUUUUUGAUACUCAACUUUUUACGUUCCUAUGGUCAAUGAAAAUGGUGACAAACCCAACAUUAAUUAAUAAAAUUAAAUACCCAAAUGCAUAAUUUGAUUAGUGUAUAUACUUAUAAUUUUAAAUUUAACACUUGCAUAUACUAAAUACCAUACAUAAAAUAUUUUUAAAGAAAAGAGAUUACAAAUAUGUGCAUUUGCAAACCUGCUCUCGAUAUUUAUUGUAAAUAGUAAAAACUGCAAUAUGAUCCUUACAAGAAAACUCUAUUUAUUUAUAGAUUCAUAAAACGGAAGUUUAACUUUUAUAAAUUAUGAUUGGAAAUGAUAUUUAGAACACAAUAUUAUUAUUGUAAAUUAACAUGUUGUACUAUCUCUAAACAAAUAUACUAUAUAUACAUAGGUAGUGCAUUUAGAGAUAAAUAUGUGAGUACACUCUAUUAAGGGAAUAUACUUAUAUAAUGUUUGAAUUAUGGCUAAUAAAAUGGAUCAAUCCGAGAACACGUUAUAAACGCAUUUACAUAUAGUAUUACUAUAUGAUCAGUAUUUACGAAAAGCAGUUGUAUACUUGGAAGUAAAAAUAAAUAAGUUGUAAGAUUAAGUUAAGAAAUAUAUAUAUACAUUAUCGAUACAAGUAUAUAUACGUACACACAUAUUACGUAAAAGCUUGUAUACUAGUUCUAAGCUCUUAAUAUCAGUUAUUCUUUCAAGAAUAUAUAAACAUUUUUUUUUAAUAUUUUUUUCGUUCGUAAAUGUAUCAUUCAUAAAAAACAUAUUGUAAGCCUUUUUGAAGGUAUGUGCGAUUGUAUAUUCUGGUCACAAAAUUUCGAAUUUGAAAAAGAAGACACCGCAAAUAUUCAAAAAUUCUUUUAUACGUAUCCACCAUGUUGAAAUGUCUACAAUUUUAACGAAGUGUGUUGGAUAUAAAUUCUUUCAUUAUUAUUUUAAUGAAAUAAAAACUAUUUUAGAUAAAUCUAUGAAUAAUUUACAUAUAUAUUGCACAUUUAUCUAAUUAAAAGUUAAAUGAUAAUUGUCCAUUACUAACGAUCUGAUAGAAAGAUACUCCUUAAUAUUUAUAGUAUUGAAGUGUACAAGGUUCUUUGUAUAAUAUAUAAAUCCUGCCAUACCAUCUUGUCAGACGUAUUAACACAAAAAUAAAAAAGAUUAUAAAUAUCAUCACCAAUAAA